AAAGAAACGUACCACAACACUCCACAUACAACCUCACUCACACCUCACGUCAUAUCGCUGCACGCGUGAUCCCACCUCGCUGCUCCUGCACAGUCUGACUGCGAUGCUGGUGGAUGAAUUUGCGUUGCGCCAUGGCGUUUACGCGACUCUGAUGUACUUCGUUCUCUACUUUGCGCUGCUGUUGAACCAGUCGUUCACUGGAAGGCGCCUUGCCAUCAAGUACCGCAAGCUCAAGAAACCCUUCUCAAAGUACUACAAUGUGACGGAUCGAGAGUUGUUGCGCGCGGAUCGCGCAGUGGGCAACACGCUGGAGCAGAUGCCAGUGUUCCUGACGCUGUAUUGGCUGGCCAUCUUCGCCAGCUCUAUCAAGAACACUGGAACUGGCACACCCUCUUCUGUCGCCCUCAGCGGCUACGUGUAUGUGCUGGGGCGCCUCCUGUACCUGCCACUGUGGCUCAUCUCAGGCAGCUCCCCGCGCGGCCUCCACCCGAUGGUGCUCAUCUCCACAGUGCCCUGCUACCUCGUGCAAAUCUUCUGCGCCCUGGCCCUCUUCAACGCAGUGCAGCAGUGACCUCGCCCCCCCCCCCUCGCACCCCACACAACUGCAGCCCUGUCGUCCCAGUCGUCUUAUGCUGUUCCUUUCACCCUUGUUGUGCUGCCGCAGUGAUUCUCGACUCCAACUGUAGUGCUCUUGGCUCCUGCUACAGUGGUUCCUUGACUCUUGUUGUAGAACAGGUGGGAGUAAAUUGACGCUACGCAG